AUGCCAGAUAGGAGCGAGAUUGAUGUAUUCAAGUCCACUUCUAUUCUUGGAUUAAUCUAUGAGUGUGUUAAAUCACAAACAACAGAGAAAACCUCACCAUCAUCUGAAAUCAGUAAACUCCCAUGUUUCAAAGAUGAACGGGCCUCUGAGUUACAUAUGGAGAAAUGUAAACAGUGGUUUGACGACUACAAGCGCGAUAUGGGCAAGGCGAUGAAUGCCGAUGAGAGCUACAAGGAUGAAUUAGCCAGUGAAGUUAUUCAGAGAUACAAGUAA